AUGGCAUCGGUGGAUUUGAAAAUAGGAAUGAUCUUCCUAUCUCAGGUAGUUGUUGGAAUCCUGGGGAACUUUAAACUCUUAUAUCAUUACAUGGCCCUAUACUUUAGGGGUUGCAGGUCAAGAUCCACAGAUUUGAUUAUCAGGCACCUGACUGUAGCCAACUCCUUGGUCAUUCUCUCUAGAGGAAUUCCAGAGACUAUGGGAGCUUUUGGGUUGCGACAUUGUGCCACAUAUUUUGAAUGUGAGGUUCUUUUAUAUGUUCACAGGGUGGCCAGGGGUGUGUCCAUUGGUGCCACCUGCCUGCUGAGUGUUUUUCAAAUGAUCACCAUCAUUCCUAGGAAUUCCAGGAGGUGGGUAAAGCUUAAAGUAAAAGCUCCAAAGUAUGUUGGCAGUUCCAGUAUCCUGUGCUGGGCCCUGCACAUACUGGUAAAUAUCAUUUUUCCUAUUUAUAAAAUUGUCAAAUUGGGAAACAAAAAUAUCACAAACAACAGAGAUUUUGGGUAUUGUUAUCCACUUGGUGACAAAGUCAUGAACACAGUGUUUGCAGCAUUGACAUCUCUCCAUGAUGUUCUGUGUUUGGGUCUCAUGACCUGGGCCAGUAGUUCCAUGGUUUUCAUCCUGCAUAGACACAGGCAGCAAGUCCAACACAUUCAUAGGACCAAUCUCUCCCCCAGAUCCUCUACUGAGACUAGAGUCACCCAAAGCAUCCUUGCACUGGUGAGCACCUUUGUAGCAUUUUACACCCUUUCUUUCUGCAUCUAUGUUUAUUUAGCUCUCUUUGAAGAUUCCAUUUGGUGGCUGGUUAACACUGCUAUAGUAAUCACUGCAUGUUAUCCAACUAUUAGUCCUUUUGUUCUCAUGUGCCGUGACCCCAGCAUAUCCAGGCUCGACUGUAUCUGCUGCAUAAGAAAAAUAUAA